UUGCCUAACUCUCAUUAGCGCUCACAGAAAGUUCAUAACACACAUGCCAUGCAUGUGAAGGAAGCCAACCCAACCUGAAUGUGCUGAUCUGUUGUAGUAUUCUUCUCCCUUUACCUCUGAGCAGCCUUGAGGAGAGACACCACGCCUGGAGGAGAAAUAAAGAGAGAAAGAGAGAGAAUAACAGAGUGAGGGAGGGAGACUUGAGCUGGUGACAGAGCUUGCAGGCUCCAGUCGUGCCUCUCAUCUGUCUGCUGCUGCUGCUGCGUUGCAGUCAGAGUCAGAGCCAGGGGCUGAGCUGAGCUGAGCUGGUGUUUUUCUCAGUGAUCUACAGACAGACAGAGCAGUGAGCUGUAAGCUGUGAACAGUACUGUACCUCUGCCACACCACUGCCAUGACAACACUGUGAGUGAAAAGAGAGAGUUCCUCCUGUCCACCACCUCUCUAAAGCUACAGCUGUGGAACCCUGCAGCCACAGACAGAUAAUUACAGAGUAAGACCUGUGUCUACUCUAAGUGUCCCAGUGAGGAGCAUGUGGUGAGGGCCAUGUCUCUGGAGAUGGAGAAGAGUGUCACUAAGUUGAUGUAUGACUUCCAGGGGAACUCUACCUCUGACGACGACUCAGGCUGCGCACUGGAGGAAUACGCCUGGGCGCCCCCUGGUCUCAGCCCUGAGCAGGUGCAUCAGUACUACGGUUCUCUACCUGAGGACAGGGUGCCGUAUGUGAACAGCCCAGGAGAGAAGCACCGCAUCAAACAGCUAAUUCACCAGCUGCCCCCGCACGACAACGAGGUCCGAUACUGCAACACGCUGGACGACGAGGAGAAGAGGGAGCUCAAGCUCUUCAGUAACCAGAGAAAGAGGGACAACCUGGGAAGAGGCAAUGUCCGCCCCUUCCCCUUGUCCAUCAGUGGGGCCAUCUGUGAACAGUGUGGGGGCCAGAUAAAUGGACGGGACAUUGUGGUGUUUGCAUCGCGGGCAGGCCACGGCCUGGUGUGGCACCCUCACUGCUUCGUGUGCUGCAUGUGUGAGGAGCUCCUGGUGGACCUCAUCUACUUCCACCAAGAAGGGAAGAUCUACUGCGGCCGGCACCAUGCUGAGAGGCUCAAACCCCGCUGCUGUGCCUGUGAUGAGAUUAUCUUUGCUGAUGAGUGUACGGAGGCGGAGGGCAGGCAUUGGCACAUGAAGCACUUCUGCUGCUAUGAGUGUGAGGCGCCGCUGGGCGGCCAGCGCUACAUCAUGAAGGAUGGACAUCCACACUGCUGCAACUGCUUUGAGUCUCUCUACGCAGAGUACUGCGACGCCUGCGGUGAACACAUAGGCAUUGACCAGGGCCAAAUGACAUAUGACGGGCAGCACUGGCAUGCCACAGAGGAGUGUUUCUGCUGUGCCCGCUGUAAGCGCUCCCUCCUGGGGCGCCCCUUUCUGCCCAAACAGGGACAGAUCUACUGCUCACGCUCCUGCAGCGCCGGACAGGACCCAGAUGAAUCCGACUCCUCGGACUCGGCCUUCCAGAGUGCCCGCUCCCGUGAGUCCCGCCACAGCACCAAGAUCAUAAAACAGGAUCACCGAAAUGCCGAGCAGGAGCGUCGCCAGCCAGCGCCCAUGCCUGACCGUCUGUCUGUCGAGGUGGACCCCCUGUCUAUCCAUAUGGACCGUCUGAGCCUUGGCUCCAUCCAGACACCCAGCCGAACCCCCAGUCGCACCCCAAGCCGCACCCCUAGUCUCAACCAGGUGUGGAUGAGCCGGGACGAACCUUAUCCCCCAGCAUACGAGGCAGCCUAUGAGGGCUCCCCGCGGGACCCCUCUCCAACCCCCACGCCCCUGCUCCUGGGCCCGUGUAACCCCAGGCAGGGCUACAACCCCAGCCCCAAACCCCAUCCCCCAACCCAGAGCUCUAGCAACACAGGGAAGAGGCCUGAGUCCUGGGUUAAAGAGCAGGGCAACACCAAGCGGACGCCCAUGGCGGCAUUGAGGGGCCAAUCCUUCCAGGACAACUGGAUCCACCACAGCCAGGACGAGUUCCGGCCACCCAAGCUGAGGACCCAGAUGAGUUUUAACGAGGUGUCCAGCCAAGGCCAGGGCUUCUCAGACAAGAGGAGCAUCAGCAUGCAUGGCUUCCAGAGGGACAGCAGGCCCCCCCUGACCAGGAACGCAAUGAGCAACGGCAUUAGCUUCACAGAGCCCCUCACCCCUCUGGAACAAACCCCCCGAGGAUCCAUGGAGUCUCUGGCCCUGUCCAACGCUACAGGUAACUCUCUGGAUGGAGUCAGUAAGCGUCAGGAGCACCUGUCCAGGUUCUCAAUGCCAGACCUUAGUAAGGAUUCUGGGAUGAAUGUGUCUGAGAAGAGCAACAUGGGGACACUGGGUUCCCCUGUCCAGUUCCGCAGCUCUGAGUCCCUGACCUCCUCUCGGCCGUACAGGAACCUGAAUGCGCCCGUGCAGGUGGGGUACCCCCUGGGGUACUGGGAUGCCCCCCAGCCUCUGGCCUUUGAGGGUAAAGGUCGUGUGGCCCUGAUGGGGAGUAGUGGCAACCUCCGCAUGCCCCCUGUGAUUGAGAGGACACCUCGUCGUCGGCCCAAUGAGCCAGAGCCCAUACGGCAACAACAACAACCAACGCAACCACGGCGACGAAAACACCGCGGCAACGGUAAUGAUGGAAAUGGCAACCACCGCAACAGCGGUCGCCACCACCGGCGCUCUCGACGCUCACGCUCUGACAACGCCCUCCACCUGGCGGCCGACCGGGCAAAUCACAUGAUGGAACCACCACACCGUCGCGUUCAGGAGGACUACGACCGUUUCCCCGCCGGCCGCACUGCCCGGGACCUGUUUGGGGUUGGGGGCAUGGGUGGGUACAGACAACAGCCUUAUAGACCCUGCCCUCGAACCACCUCAGACCUCACCCUGCACAAUGCAGCGGGGGGCGGGGGGAUUCAGCCGCUGGGCCUGGGGGGGCAAUACUGUGGUGGAGAGGGGUACGGGGAGGGGGCAGACCCCUGGUGCUCCAGCUGCUCUGAGUCCUCUGAGUCUGAAGAAGAUGAGGGGUACUUCCUGGGUGAGCCUAUCCCCAGACCUAUCCAGCUACGCUACCUCAACAAUGAGGAGCUGCGCCACAGAUACAGCCCUACAGGGGUGGGAGGGAUGGGGGGCCACCAUGGACCCAUACACGGACCCCUACAUGGAGGAAACCACGGGCAGCUGCACGGACAGCUACACAUGCGCCAGAGGAGGAAGAGCAAGAACUGCACCAUCUCAUAGAGAGUGGAAGUGAGAAAAAGAGAGAAAGGGAGUGGGAGGGAGACAGAGAAAAAUUAAGUGAGAGAGAAAGGGAGAGAGAGAGUAUGUGUUGGAGUGUAUGUGUAUGUGUCAGAGAGAGAGAGAGAGAGAGAGAGAGUAUGUGUUGGAGUGUAUGUGUAUGUGUCAGAGAGAGAGAGAGAGAGAGAGAGAGAGAGAGAGACAUAUAUAUUUGAUGUGUGUGAGUUAUACAACUGGCUCUGUGCGCGGGGGGGGGGGGGGGUGUUGUUUGUGUACACCUACUCAGUAUGAUCUAAUCAGAACAGGAAGCCUGCAAUGGACCGGCUUCUUACACAACUGCAAUGUUUACAAUGGUGACUAACGAUUGGCACGAGCAUCACAUUUGUAUUGUUAACUGUUUAUUACAUACAACAAGAAAGGUUACGGCAAAUGAUAAACUGUUUGUGUGUGCGUGUGUGUGUGCAUGUGUGUGUGUGCGUGUGUGUGAGAGAGAUACAUCUACAGAUACAUCCAAGAAAUACUGGACUUAUUCAUAAAAUGUACUGCCAUAGUAAAAUUACUGGCUGUUUUUUCAACCCAGUUAAAACAUUUAUAGAAAUUGGAUUCAUGCAUGCAUAAUAUUCAGUAUGUCAACAAGGCAUAAAAUAAUACUGCAAAUAGUUGCAAUUCAUGAUGGAAUUUAGCAACUAUUUAGCAUUGUUUUCCAUCUUGAAACAGACAGUGGAUAAAUUCACCAUGUCUGUAAAGUUUAAUGAAUGCUCCCAAAUGACUCAGUUUAAAAGAAGUAAUGGUACACAGGACAAGAGCUCUACGGGCCGAAGUGCUCACGUAUUUUAUGUACCUACUGGACCUUGGAAAACCACCUGAGUGGACCUCUCAUACCAGUGAUCCACCAAUGACUUAUAAUCAGUCCGUCACUUACUAAGGAGAACCAAAAACUGCCUGGCACACACGGCAGCCCUCCAAACCCAGUCAACUGGCUGCGUGAUUGUGGAAAAAGUGUGCUAGAUUCUGUACAGUGUUGUCUUUUACCUCAGUGGAAACCAAGAGCUGCUGAAUGUACAGUAUCGUUGGCUAGCCGGCCAUGUUAUCACCCUGUAUAAGUAGCCUGUUGAACCUAACCCUGUGCUGUGUGUUUUACAUAGCCUCCUGCCCUCCCUCCAUCCAUGCUUACCAAGGACAGCUCUAGCCUCUGCUCCUUGACCAUUCAGGCACAGCAGCAUCUCAUACGGUCCCGUUUUCUCCCGCAACAUGCUUUGUUUUUCAGAGUUAGAAUACCACUACUAGAUUAAUAAUAAUGAAAUAUAAUAAUAACAAUAAUAAUACCUGUUAAAUGUAUAUAACAGUAAAAUAAAUGUUAUUUAAGCUAUGGAUGUAGUAAUGUAAAUGUUCUGUACAUAAUGGCCCUACAUAUUUAUAUAUAUUUUGUAACUACAGAAUCAUUAUUUGUAUAACAUGAUGUAGGGAUAGAAACGUCUUGCAUGUUUAUUUGUUGAUGUUGUGUCAUAUUGGAAUUAAAGUGGAUUUUAUUGAA